GUCCGGAGCGGGGCGGGCCGAGACCGGGCCGGCCCCGCACGGCACCGGCAGAGCGCGGCGGGCUCGGGGCGGUGCGGAGCUGCUCGGCUGCGUUUCGCCCCCUUCGGCUGGGUUCCGUUCGGUUCGGCGCGGAUUGGAUCGGAUCUAAGCGGAUCGGGUCGGACUAGAGCUCGGCACAGCCCGCGGAGCCCGGAUCGCGGCGGGGAUGGCGGUGCCGGAGCCGGACGCGCGGCUGGCGCAGGAGAAGGAGGAGGAGAGCGAGGAGGAGAGCGAGGUGCUGGAGGAGAGUCCCUGCGGCCGCUGGCAGAAGCGCCGCGAGCAGGUGGGAGCCGUGGAACGCCGGGAUGGGGACACCGGGAGAGGGGAUGGGGACGGCGCCGCCGGGCCCUGCGGGGCCCCGGGCUGUGGGGGGCACUGCGAGGGCCGCGGCCGGAGGGCGAUGCGGGGAGCGGAGCCUGCGGGGAGCGAGUCCCCGGGGGCAAUGGAGGCGCGGGGAGCCGGCCUCGGUCAUGCCCGGCCCGCCGUGUCCGGGUGCGGGGAGCCGAGCCCGCCGUGUCCGGGUGCGGGGAGCCGAGCCCGCCGUGUCCGGGUGCGGAGAGCCGAGCCCGCCGUGUCCUCGGUGCGGGGAGCCGAGCCCGCCGUGUCCGGGUGCGGGGAGCCGAGCCCGCCGUGUCCGGGUGCGGGGAGCCGAGCCCGCCGUGUCCCGGUGCGGGGAGCCGAGCCCGCCGUGUCUCGGUGCGGGGAGCCGAGCCCGCCGUGUCCGGGUGCGGGGAGCCGAGCCCGCCGUGUCUCGGUGCGGGGAGCCGAGCCCGCCGUGUCUCGGUGCGGGGAGCCGAGCCCGCCGUGUCUCGGUGCGGGGAGCCGAGCCCGCCGUGUCUCGGUGCGGGGAGCCGAGCCCGCCGUGUCCGGGCUGCGGGCUGUGCCGUUGCGGAGAGUGUCACGGUGCCCAGGUGUGCGGGGAGCCGGUGUCGCCGUGCCCAGGUGUGCGGGGAGCCGGUGUCGCCCUGCCCAGGUGUGCGGGGAGCCGAUCUCGCCGUGCCCAGGUGCGCGGGGAGCCGGUGUCGCCGUGCCCAGGUGUGCGGGGAGCCGGUGUCGCCGUGCCCAGGUGUGCGGGGAGCCGGUGUCGCCGUGCCCAGGUGUGCGGGGAGCCGGUGUCGCCGUGCCCAGGUGUGCGGGGAGCCGAUCUCGCCCUGCCCAGGUGUGCGGGGAGCCGAUCUCGCCGUGCCCAGGUGUGCGGGGAGCCGGUGUCGCCGUGCCCAGGUGUGCGGGGAGCCGGUGUCGCCGUGCCCAGGUGUGCCGCUGCUGGUACGGGUGCAGGCUGCAAGAGGUCACCGUGCCCCGCUCCGGGGUGUCUGGGGCAGGAGUCGGGCUCACCGUGUCCCGGUGCCGGGUACCGAGGCCGGGCUCGCUGUGUGAGGCCCCGGGAGCUGGGCUGGCCGUGCCCCGGUGUGGGAAGGAGAGCCGGGCCCGUCCCGCGGCUCCGGGGCGGAGGCAGCUGCUGCUCCUCUGGAAAUCCCGUGCAGAAGCCGUGCUGGUGUUCCAGAUCUCCAGACUCUAUCCGGAGCAGGCAGAUGGCACAGCCGUGGACAUCUUCUCCUUCGGGAUGUGCGCGCUGGAGAUGGCCGUGCUGGAGAUCCAGACCAACGGGGACACGCGGGUGUCGGAGGAGGCGAUCGCGCGGGCCCGGCACUCCCUGGACGACCCCAACAUGAGGGAGUUCAUCCUGUCCUGCCUGACCCUGAACCCCGAGAGGCGCCCCAGUGCCAACAGCCUCCUGUUCCACCGCGUGCUCUUCGAGGUGCACUCGCUGAAACUGCUGGCAGCCCACUGCUUCAUCAACCACCAGUACCUGAUGCCCGAGAACGUGGUGGAGGAGAAGAUCAAGGAGCUGGACCUGAACAUGGUGAUGGCCGAGAUCCGCAGGGAGGGCCGGCCCGGGGUGCAGUGGAGGUACUCCGAGGUUUCCUUCCUGGAGCUGGACAAGUUCUUGGAGGACGUCAGGAACGGGAUUUACCCCCUGAUGAACUUCGCCGCCCCCCGGCCGCACGCGCUGCCCCGCGCGCUGUCCCAGCCCCAGGAGGACCCCCAGAAAGCCAAGACCCCCACCCCGGAGCCCUUCGACGUGGAGACCAGGAAGGUGGUGCAGAUGCAGUGCAACAUGGAGCUGAACGAGGACAAGAGCCAGUGGCACCUGACGCUCCUGCUGAUCCUGGAGGACAAACUGCACCGCCAGCUCAGCUACGACCUGCUGCCCACUGACAACUCCAAGGACCUGGCCACAGAGCUGGUGCACUACGGAUUCAUCCACGAGGACGACUGCGAGAAGCUGGCAGCGUUCCUGGAGAGCGCCUUCCUCAAGCACCGCUCCCAGCCCCUGUGAGCCCGGCCCGGGGGGAUCCCGAGGGCGCCCCCGCCCCACCCGGCUCCGCAGGACCCCCCCGUGCCCUCGGGGGGCCCAGCCCCGCUCUGGGCAGGCAGCAGCUGGCAGAGGACUCGGCCGAGCCCGGCAGCUCCGUCCCAGGACGUGCCCUGGUCCUGCUCCGAGGGGGCUGUGGGGAGGGGGCUGCACCCCCCGGCAGCCCCUUCCCAGGGGUGGGUGGGAGCUGCUGCAGGAGCCCCCGGGCGGAUCCGUUCCCUCUGGGAAAUCAGCCCCUCUCCUGCAGGUCCCCAGCUGAUUUCUCCCUCUUUGCCAUCGGGGGUGCUCCUUGCUGAGGGGAGGAGCAGGCUGCGAGAGCCCCGCGGAGCGUCCCACCGGCCACAUUCCGCCCCCAGCCCCGAAAUCCUCCGGGUCUGAGGUCCCCAGCGUGCUGCCUGUGCCCAGAGCCCUCCCGUGAGCUGGGACCGUGGGAGCUGCACCUGGCUCCAGGAGGAAUCCCCGACCCACCACAGGAAUCUCACUGAUGCUCCUCAGAAUCCUCGUCACGUUCCCCCUGCAGCCUUCCAGAAUCUCUGGGCACCCUCAGGAGAGAGCCCUGGUGCCUGCUCCUGCCUGGCCUGGAGAUGGGGCACGGCCGCUGGCACCACCCCAGGGCUGCCCUUUGCCAGGGGCACACGGGGAGAGAGCUGCAAACAGGAAUUGUCCCUGUGCAAGAGCCGUGUGGGGCUGCUCCUGGCAAAGAUGGCUCUGAAAUCUUUGGGAAAGAUGGCUCUGAAAUCCUGCUCCAAGGAAAGAUGGCUCUGAAAUCCUUGGGAGAGAUGGCUCUGAAAUCCUAGGGAAAGAUGGCUCUGAAAUCCUUGGGAGAGCUGGCUCUGAAAUCCUUGGGAGAGCUGGCUCUGAAAUCCUUGGGAAAGCUGGCUCUGAAAUCCUUGGGAAAGCUGGCUCUGAAAUCCUAGGGAGAGCUGGCUCUGAAAUCCUUGGGAGAGCUGGCUCUGAAAUCCUGCUCCAGGGAAAGAUGGCUCUGAAAUCUUUGGGAAAGAUGGCUCUGAAAUCCUGCUCCUGGGAGAGCUGGCUCUGAAAUGCUGCUCUGUGCUGGUGCUGCUCCUGCUGUGCCAGGGAAAACCACCUCUGGCAUCCUGCUCUGUGCUGCUCCUGCUGUGCCAUAGGAAACUGGCUCUGGCACCCUGGGCUGCACUGCUCUGUGCCAGGGUUUGUGCCAGUGCUGCUCCUGCUGCUCCUGCCAGGGAAAUCUGCCCCUGGCAUCCUGCUCUGUGCUGGUGCUGCUCCUGCUCUGCCAGAGCAAUCUGGCUCUGGCAUCCUGUGUUGUGCCAGUGCUCUGUGCUGCUGGCAUCCUGUGCUGUGCCAGGGAAAUCUGCCCUUGGCACCCUGCUCUGCUCUGUGCUGGUGCUGCUCCUCCCUCUGUGCUGGGGGAAUCAGCUCUGGUUCUGUCCUGGUGGUCUGCACCACGUUGGUGUUCUGUGCUGGUGCUGCUGCUGCUGUGCCAGGGAAAACUGGCUCUGGCACCCUGCUCUGUGCUGGUGCUGCUCCUGCUCUGCCAGGGAAAUCUGCCCCUGGCACCCUGGUCUGCGCUGCUCUGUGCUGUGCCAGUGCUGCUGCUCCUGCUGUGCCACGGAAAGCUGGCUCUGAAAUCCUGCUCUGCUCUGAGCUGCUGCUGCUGCUGUGCCAGGGAGAUCUGCCCCUGGCACCCUGCUCUGUGCUGGUGCUGCUGCUGCUGUGCCAGGGAGAUCGGCCCCUGGCACCCUGCUCUGUGCUGGUGCUGCUCCUGCUCUGCCAGAGCAAUCUGCCUCUGGCAUCCUGUGUUGUGCCAGUGCUCUGUGCUGCUGCUGCUGUGCCAGGGAGAUCUGCCCCUGGCACCCUGCUCUGAGCUGGUGCUGCUGCUGCUGUGCCAGGGCGAUCUGCCCCUGGCACCCUGCUCUGAGCUGCUGCUGCUGCUGUGCCAGGGAGAUCUGCCCCUGGCACCCUGCUCUGAGCUGGUGCUGCUGCUGCUGUGCCAGGGCGAUCUGCCCCUGGCACCCUGCUCUGAGCUGCUGCUGCCCUGUGCCGUGGGAAGCUGCCUGUGGCCUCCUGCUCCGUGCUGUGUUCCGCUCCCUGCAGGAGCUCCGUGUGCCGCCGCCUGCCCUGCGCUGCUCCUGCUCCAGCUGCAUCCCACCGGGAUUUCAUCCACGCUCAGCCAGCGCGGGCUGCACUCCCGGCUCGGGCUGCACUCCCAGCAGUGCUGCACUCCCAGCAGUGCUGCAUCCCCAGCAGUGCUGCAUUCCCUGCAGUGCUGCAUUCCCUGGAGUGCUGCAUUCCCGGCUCGGGCUGCAGCCCCAGCAGUGCUGCAUUCCCUGCAGUGCUGCACUCCCGGCUCGGGCUGCACUCCCAGCAGUGCUGCAUCCCCAGCAGUGCUGCACUCCCAGCAGUGCUGCAUUCCCAGCCGUGCUGCAUUCCUGGCUCGGGCUGCAGCCCCAGCAGUGCUGCACUCCCGGCUCGGGCUGCACUCCCAGCAGUGCUGCACUCCCGGCUCGGGCUGCAUUCCUGGCUCAGGCUGCAGCCCCAGCAGUGCUGCACCCCCAGCAGUGCUGCAUCCCCAGCAGUGCUGCACUCCCAGCAGUGCUGCAUUCCCGGCUCGGGCUGCAUCCCCAGCAGUGCUGCACCCCCAGCAGUGCUGCACUCCCAGCAGUGCUGCAUUCCCAGCCCUGCUCCAUCCCAGCAGUGCUGCAUUCCCAGCCCUGCUCCAUCCCCAGCCCGGCUCCAUCCCCAGCAGUGCCAAUGUUCCACCUGACAAAUCAAUAAAGCCCAUUCCCACUGGA